CGACUAUUGAAAUUUCACAAGUGCAGUAUUCAAAAUCUGAAAAAAAUCCAAACAUAGAAAAUCAAAAUUUAUUGGAAUCAGAUUCUUUGGAGUAAGAUUAAAAAAAAAACUAUUCAUUUUAUUAAGAAUUUAAUUUCUCUGGUCGGUCCUACUACUGGUGAAAUCUAUCCAGAAGGACCAGAACCCUCCAUCCAUAUUCUCAGUCUUUAAUCCGUGCUCUGUUUGCCGAUGGAGAAAAAGUUCUAUGCGAUUCUAUUCCUUCGAUAAAAUUGUUGAACGAUGAUUUAUGGUUGAUAUCAUCAGUUUCGCUCCAUAGAUUUCGUGGGUUAAAGAAUCUCUGUUAUUUUUCGAUCAUGGGUUCUGCAACAUUUGAGCUUACUUUUGGAGUGAGUGCUCGUUUCACUCUAAAUUCAAGAUGUUCAUCUCCAAAUUUUGAGCUGUCCACUGCGAAAUUUUCCUCCAGUUUGAAAAUUCCCAGGCUGCGAUCUCCGGCAAGCUCUGCUGCAAUCAUCUCUACUCAUAAGGGAUGUAAUUGUCGAAUAAGGGCUGUUCCUGAUGACGGGAAGGUCUCAACACCUAUACUUGAUACAAUAGAGAGUCCAAUGCACCUGAAGAAUUUGUCAUCAAAGGUACUAAUCAGAAUCUUUAUUCUUUAGAAUUCAUAAAUUUUGGAAAUGCUUGGCUCAGGAGCUGCACCAUAUGCAGGAGCUGAAACAAUUAGCCGAUGAUAUUCGAACUGAGUUAUCAUUAAUCAUGUCAGAAACUCAGAAACCCUUUAGAGCUAGUCUGGCAGUGGCAGAGCUGACAGUGGCUAUUCAUUACGUGUUCCGCUCACCUGUGGAUAAAAUAUUGUGGGAUAUGGAGGAACAUACGUAUCCUCAUAAGCUUCUUACUGGUAGGAGGUCUCUCAAGCAUUUAGUUAAACAAAUAACUACUUUAUCAAAUGGGAAAAGUCAUAUAGAGAGCAUGUAUGACCCGAUUGGAGCAGGUCAUGGAUGCAGUAGUAUAUCAGCUGGGCUUGGGAUGGCAGUGGCUCGAGACAUCAAAGGGAAGCGAGACCGCAUUGUUGCAGUCAUUAGCAAUGAAACCACUAUGGCUGGCCAGGUUUAUGAGGCAAUGAGCAAUGCAGGUUACUUGGACUCGAAUAUGGUUGUUAUAUUAAAUGAUAGUCUGAACUCCUUGCAUCCAAAGAUUGAGGAUACCUCUGCAACUCCAAUUAAUGCUUUAUCUACUACUCUAAGCAAGCUCCAGUCAAGUAAACUCUUCAGGAGAGUUAGAGAAUUUGCGAAGGCUUUAACUAAGCAAUUUGGCAGGGGCAUGCAUGAGUGGGCUGCCAAGAUUGAUGAAUAUGCACGUGGUCUCUUGGGUCCGGCAGGAUCGACUCUUUUUGAAGAACUUGGAUUGUACUACAUUGGACCUGUAGAUGGACACAAUAUUGAUGACCUUAUAUGUGUUCUGACUGAAGUGGCAUCCUUGGAUUCUAUGGGUCCUGUUUUGGUCCAUGUCAUAACUAAGGAAGAUCAACUUGUAGAAAUGAAACGCAGUCAAACUACAUCAGUUUCGAAUUCCCACCAAAGGGUCCGGCCUCCGACUCUUGGUGAAUGUUUUGUUGAGGCACUGGUUUCUGAGGCCCAGAGAGACAAGAAUAUCGUUGCUGUUCAUGCAGGGAAGGGAAUGGAUCCAUCUCUUGACUUAUUCAAGUGUAAUUUUCCUGAUAGGUUCUUUGAUGUUGGAAUGGCUGAGCAGCAUGCUGUAACAUUCUCAGCUGGCCUCUCAUGCGGGGGCUUGAAGCCAUUCUGUAUAAUUCCAUCCACCUUUCUUCAGAGAGCUUAUGACCAGGUAGUUCAUGAUGUGGACCGUCAGAAGAUUCCAGUCCGUUUUAUUAUUUCAAGAGCAGGAUUAGUCGGAUCUGAUGGUCCAACACAAUGUGGGGCAUUUGACGUUACGUUCAUGUCAUGUUUGCCAAACAUGGUUGUCAUGGCGCCUUCAGAUGAGGUUGAACUAGCUAAUAUGGUGGCAACUGCCGCUCAGAUUGAUGAUAGGCCUGUUUGUUUACGUUACCCUAAGGGUGCAGUUGCUGCUAUAAGAGAUUCUAUUUCAUGUGGAGUACCGAUCGAGAUAGGUAAAGGAAGAGUCUUGGUAGAAGGAAAAGACAUUGCGUUACUUGCCUAUGGCUCUAUGGUACAGAAUUGCCUUAGGGCUCAGUCACUUCUCUCAGAACUUGGUGUCGAAGUAACUGUUGCUGAUGCAAGAUUCUGCAAGCCACUUGACAUUGACCUUGUCAGAAGUUUGUGUAAAAAUCAUGUUUUCUUGGUUACUGUUGAGGAGAGUUCAAUUGGAGGAUUUGGAUCGCAUGUGGCGCAGUUUCUUUCGCUUGACGGACAGCUAGAUGCAGGAACUAAGGUAACUUUUCGUUAACGGCACAUUGAUUGGUUGGUAAACCUCUGUCUGGGAUUUCAUUUUAUCAGUCCUAUGUUACAACCGUAUUUUUAAAGAUCUAUAUCUUUGUGAUAGCUUCUCUUCUCACAUGUAGCAACGUCUAGACCCAUAUGGACAACUCUCUCCAGAUCCCUGCAAGCAUACUGCAAAACUAUUUGUGUUUUUAGCUUUACAGCUCGAUAGGUUUUUAAAGGUUGAAGUUCUGUUGCAUCCAUUCAUAGUUAUCGAUGACCAUGCUUUUCCUGUAUUUGCUAAUCCCUCGUCACCAUACUACCCUUUCUUAUGAGCCAUUUAUAACUUGAUAUCCAGUGGCGACCAAUUACUCUACCAGACACCUAUAUCGAGCAUGCAUCAGCUGAGGAACAACUUGCUGUGGCAGGAUUGAGUAGUAACCACAUUGCGGCAACAGCACUAAGUCUGCUUGGCCGCAACCGCGAAGCACUUCUUCUGAUGUGUUAGAAAUAUCAUGCCGCCACCUUCGUUUGGUUGGAUUAAUGUUGAUUCUUGCUCGAAAAUAUACUGUGUACAUAAAGAUCUGUCUACAUGGCUGAAGGGAAGGAAAAAUUUAGAGGCAGGUUCCUGCAGUAGAUUCUUCAAGCCUAGAUACAGUACUCCUGCAGUAGAUUUUUCAAGCCUAGAUACAGUACUUCUUGCAUUUUGUUCCGGACUCCACCUCUCUUUGAGUGUUUGAGAGACGGACACAUUUUUUAAAUUGAAUGAGAAAAGAAGCUCUGUACAUGAAUCUUUGAACAGACAAAAAUUAGAUUUGUAUAUCCUAUGGAAAAAAGUUGUGCAUUAACUUUGAUUUUGAUAUUUUUUAUGCAUUAGUAAUUCAUUUUA